CUUUUUUCGAGGAAUUCAGAAAAUUUCAUUCUUGGCAUAGAAAUUUAGGAAAAAAGUUGAUUUUAUUAAUAAUUGCUAUAUUUUCGAUAACUUUAAGUAUUAAUUUAUAAACUUACAAGUAUGGUGAGAAAGGAUAUGGUGGAUUCUGAGAGCGAAUCGUCUGAUUCGAGCAAUAAAAGUUCAGAUGAAGAGCACACCACAACCACUAAGAGACGAAAAUCCUCAAAAUCAUCAUCAAAUGAAUCAGAUAGUGAUAAUGAGCAGCGGGUAGCUAAGAAACAGAAACGAGUAACACAUUCUUCAUCGGAAUCCGAUAAUUCUGAUGUAGAGAACGAUGAGAAAAAUGGACAAAAUACAAAAGCAUCAUCAUCCAGUCAAUUACAACAACAUCCAGUAGAUGAAAAGUCAGACAAAUCGGAUUUUGAAGAUGGACAAUUGACAUCAGAUAGUGAGUCCGAGUCUGAAGAUAGUAAUUCAGAGUUUGAUGAUGGAUAUGGCGAUGAUUUAAUGGGAAAUGAAGAAGAUCGUAACUACCUCGAAAAAUUAUCUGAAAAAGAACGUGAAACUGAAUUAUUUAAGCGUGCUGAGAGACGUGAUCAGCUUAAAAGACGUUGGGAGAUUGAAAGGAAGCUCAAGCAAACCCGUAAGGAUGCAAAUCAGAAAAAUAAGGAAAAGAAACCUAAAAUUAAGAAACCGAAAGUACCACCACCGAAAAAAGUCAUUGAAAAGCCAGUAAAAGUCUCACCACCACGAGAAGAUCCAAUAUCUGCAACAUCACAUUUAUUAGGAAUCACACCGACAGCUGAAGAGUCAUCACCAAACGAUUACUCAAAAGAGGAUUAUUUUGAUCCAAAAGAGCGCUCAAAGGAGCGUAAAAAGAAUGUUGAAAUGAAUAAAACGGAUGAUAAGCGUAGUAAUGCAAUGGCAGCAUUAAAGGCACGACGUGAAGGCAGACAAAAGAGGGAUAUUGAGCGUGAACAACGUGAGGCAAAAAAGGACGAAGACGAAAAAGAGGAACUUGAUGAUGUAGGAGAGAAAUCUACUGUAAAACUUAAUCCACGAGACAUUUAUUCGGAUGAUUCAGACAGUGAUAGUGAGGGAAAGAAGUCACCAAAACGAAGAAGCUCAUCAUCAAGUCGCUCAUCGAGUUCCAGCUCUGAAAAUGAAUCUCAAGAAGCUGUCUAUAAAAAGCCAGUCCACAUUUCAACAGUAGAAGAAAUGAACAAAUUGAGAAUUUCACGUUUCAAGCUGGAAAAGUUCAUAAACUUGCCAAUUUUUGAGAAAACAGUUAUAGGAUGUUUCGUACGUAUUAAUAUUGGAAAUAAUAUAGCUUCACAAAAGCUCGUCUAUCGAGUCGCUGAGAUUAUUGGAGUCGUUGAGACAUCAAAGGUUUAUCUGUUUGGCAGUAGUCGUACAAACAAAGGUAUAAUGCUAAAGCACGGUACUCAAGAAAGGGUCUUCAGGUUGGAAUUUGUGUCUAAUCAAGACUUUACUCAGAAUGAGUUUGACAAGUGGCGUGAUCUUUGUGCUCUUAAUGACAUCAGUAUGCCGACAGUAGAUAUGAUUGAACAAAAGAAGAAAGAUGUUCAGACAGCUCUGAAUUACGAGUUUAAGGAAGAGGAUAUUGACAAGAUUAUCGAAGAAAAGAAUCGAUUUCGUGCACAUCCAACUAAUUAUGCUAUGAAAAAGACUCAAUUAAUGAAGGAUCGUGAUGCAGCCAUGAAUCAAGGAAACGAGGAAAUGGCAAAUGAUAUUAACACACAAAUUCAGGAACUAGAAGAGCGCGCAAGUGCAUUAGACAAAAAGCGCACCAGCACAAUUUCCUUAAUUUCAUACAUUAAUGAUCGUAAUCGACGUAAGAAUGUUGAGGAAGCUGAAAAGGCUAUUAUGGAAGAAGCACGUCAAAAUCGUGGCUUAAAGUUGUCUGAUCCAUUUACACGUCGUUCCACAAAGCCAACAAUGGCAUUUAAACCAAAAUCAGCUCAAGAAGAGAUUGUAAUGAUGCCAGAACCACCGAAACCAAACAAGUCAAAGGAUAAGAAGAUUGAAGGACAUACAUCGGGCGAGAAUUUGUAUUCAUUACAUGAUUUUGACAUUGAAUUAGACGUUGCUCUUCCAUUACCAAUUUCUAAUAAUGCACCAGUUAUUCCGAAACCAGUCGAUAAAGUCCAAGAAGAUACACCGAAGUUGCGUCGAAUCUUAAAUUUGGAAGAUUACAAGAAGAAGCGAGGACUCAUUUAAACUUACCAUUUUUACACAUGAUCGGUUGUGGAUUUUUGCCUAUUCAGGCCUACUUUUUCAUGGAUUAACACUCUUUAUAGCGAUAUUAUAUUUAUUUUGUCCACCUUUAAAUCAAUCAAAUCUUGGAUAGGAUAAAUCCACAGUCAUAGAAUUAUUCACGAGACAUCAACAAACACAAUUCAUAGUAUUUCCUUCCAUUUCCUUAUUUUCCUUUUAUCUUCAAUCUACUGAUAUUUCUUGAGAGAAUUAAAGACCAUUAACUGAUUAUUUUUUAUUAUGGAUUUUCAUCAUCAACAUUUAUAUUAGUUUUCCACUUAUUGAAGCUGAUCAAAUGAAAACUGAAUAAACUAAAUAGAAUGAAAU